ACUUUACCAGUCCAUCUUCAUCCUGCCCUCACCUUUGGUCAUGACCUAAAGAAUAAGAUCGCGGAUACAAGCAGCUGAAAUGGGUUUCCUCCGGACGGUGGCUGGCAGCUCCCUCAGGGAUAAGGCCCCCUCCUAUACCUCAACCACCUGCUCCUCCAACACACUCCUUACCGCACCCUCCUCUGACACCAACCUCCUGUCUAAACCACACAGGACCAAGCAGUGGACCUGGGGGGACAGAGCCUUUAACAUAGCUGGGGAGAGGAGGGGGGAGAGGGUGAGUAAGAAAUGUGUUCCACAUGAUUUGCAGCAGUGUAGGCGAAGAAGACCUCGACAGGACAUCAUCGAACACGGCAGACAUGAGCUUGAAAGCUGUCGUAGCUUCACUUCUCUGGAUGACGUGUGUUCUCUGCAGUACGGCUUCAUCAACAGCUGCAUGCAGUCUCUGGUGAUGGAGAGGUUCGGUCAGGAGACCUGGGACCAACUGAGCUCCCUACCAGGGGUUCCGGAUUCCUUCAUGACGUACACGGUGUAUGACGAUAUCCUGACCAUCAGCCUGGUGCAGGAGGCCUCCUCACUGCUGGGUGUCUCUGCUGAGGUCUUGCUGAAGCUUUUUGGAGAACACUUCUUUGCUUUCUGUAAGAACGCGGGCUAUGACACCAUGCUGAGGACACUGGGAGGAAAUCUGAGCGAGUUCAUUGGGAAUUUAGAUUCUCUCCACAGUUACUUGGCUCUGUCCUAUCAGGCAAUGAAUGCACCGUCUUUCCGAGUGGAGAUGAUGGACGAUGGGAAGAUGCACCUUCACUACUACUCCGACAGGAAGGGCCUGUACCACAUCGUCCCUGGUAUCAUCGAGGCGGUGGCCAGAGAUUUUUUUGAUAGUGAAGUGACCAUGACUGUUCUCAAUCAAUCAGAGGAAGACGAGCGGACGGGGAAGAAGGAGCAUGUUGUGUUUCUGGUCGAACAGACGAAACACAUCCAUCAUAGAGGGGCGUUACUAGGAGCAAUGAGGGAGCGGUGUGUGUCACUGGCUGGGGGAAAGCGCGGAUGGGACCUGAUCAGAGCCGUGGUUCCCUCAGAACAAGGAAGCCUCCAGUGCACCUUCAGUCCAUGUUACCCCAACAAGCUGUGGGUGGAAGAGAAAGCGUUCUGCAAUGCGUUUCCCUUCCAUAUCGUCUUUGAUGAGCAUCUGCAGGUCAGGCAGACGGGGGUGAACAUCCAAAAGUUUCUCCCAGGUCUCCAUGCCAGAGAUCUAACGUUGGACCAAUACUUCACCAUCAUUCACCCACAGGUGACUUUCACCAUCGAGAGCAUCAGGAAGUUCAUCAACAGUCAGUUUGUCUUGAAGAGCAACAAAGACAAACACACCACUCUGAAACUGAGAGGUCAGAUGAUGUGGAUGGAGUCUCUCGGCUGCAUGUUGUACCUGUGCUCUCCCAAGCUGCGGAGCCUCCAGGAACUUCAGGAUGUGGGCCUCCACCUGGCUGACCUGGCCCAGCACGAUGUCACCAGAGACCUGGUUCUCCUCAACCAGCAGCGCCUGGCUGAGAUGGAGCUCACCAACCAGCUGGAGAGGAAAAAGGAGGAACUGAGAGUGCUGUCCCGCCACCUGGAGGUGGAGAAGGAGAAGACGGAAACUCUGCUGUACGCUAUGCUGCCGCGACACAUAGCCAAUCAGCUGAAAGACGGGAAGAGCAUAGAAGCGGGGGAGUUUGAGGUGUGCACCAUUCUGUUCAGCGAUGUGGUGACCUUCACGGACAUCUGCGCUGCCUGCGAGCCCAUCCACAUCGUGCAUAUGCUCAACUCCAUGUACUCCAAGUUCGACCGGCUCACCAGCAUCCACGACAUCUACAAGGUGGAGACGAUUGGUGAUGCAUACAUGGUGGUGGGGGGUGUCCCGGUCCCAACAGUGACCCAUGCUCACAGAGUGGCCAACUUUGCCCUGGGCAUGAGGAUAGCUGCCCGAGAGGUCACCAACCCCGUAACAGGAACAGCCAUACAGAUCCGUGUGGGUCUGCACACUGGUCCAGUGUUGGCGGGGGUGGUGGGGGAGAAGAUGCCUCGCUACUGCCUGUUUGGAGACUCGGUGAACACGGCCUCCAGGAUGGAGAGCCACGGCCUCCCUGACCACAUCCACCUCAGCACCUCCACGUACAGUGCGCUGAAGGAUGCUGGGUUCACCAUCCAAGAGCGCGGGCAGAUUGAGGUGAAGGGCAAAGGCCUGAUGACCACGUACUUCCUGCUGGGGAAUCCGUCGGUGUCAGAAGAACGCAUCAUGGGUACAGAGGUCGGAGGGACCUGUCUGUAUGGUGAGGACCUCCAGCUCCAGAGCACAACAGAGUCAGACAAAGAGCCUGACGGGAGAACAGACACUGUGGGAACAGACACCCCCCCGGAGCCCGGGCGAGAUCCAACCCCUCCGUUUGCCUGGGACAUCAGCCCUCCAUAUAAGCCCAACGAGAGCUGCAUCACAUCUGCAGGAAGUGAGAACAGCAGACUCUGCGUCCUCUUCUGAUCUUCAGUAAUGGACUCAAACCGAGCAAAGUUUGAUAUGCAAUAAUAAACAAAUAUAAUAGAUGCAUCGCAAACCUGUAACUGUAUCUAAUGAAACAUUUCAAAGCACCAAAAUGUAAGAAAAAAGCCAAAACUUAAAUGAACAACACCAAGUGAAGUUGUGAGACGGAUAGCAGGGUCAGGGACCAAGCUAUGAGGCAACUGGUGUUUAAAGGAAGUGCGUUUUAAUUUACACAAAAAUACAAAACAAUAUUAUAAACCUAGAAUCUUUAUCCUCCCUCAGCCUCCUUCUGGGGGAGACUGUGAUUUGAAGUUAUUAGGUCACAUCAAAGCUGGAUUUUAAAUACAAAUAUUCGUAUUAAACACAUGUGGUGCCGUGGAGCUGCACUGACACCUAGUGGACAAACACCAGAACUGCAGCAUUAGCCAGGGUGCUUAAAAACCCUGCAUUUUACCCUGAAGAAUAUUCAUAUUAAAUAAAGGAAAAUCCAAUAUAAUGAGGUGUGUAUGCUGUGUACAGACUAGUAGUCAUUUUUAAAGACAUUGAAAUGUAUAAGGUCACAGAGAAGCUAUUGAAA